AUGGGUAAUAGAGGCGAUAAAUACGAAACCUUAUCUGAUAAUGAUAUACAGGCUUUAAGUGUACAAACUCAAAUACCACCACAUAUUCUUCAACAAAUUUAUCAGGCGUUUAUGGAAAGAGCAGGAAGUGAUGGACGUAUGGUAGUAACUGAUUUCAAGAAAGCUUAUACAGAAAUAAAUCCAAACGCGAAUUUUUUCACUCUUGAUAGUGAUGCAGAACGAGUCUUCGUGAUGUUUGAUUGGAAUCAUGAUGGUGUUUUGACGUUCAAUGAAUUUUUGAUGGCGUAUAUUCUCUUACAACGAGGUGAUGACGUUCCAGCAAAUCGUUGGCAAAAUGUAAUGAACACUAUGCCUACAAGUGUUCUUUCUAGACCUGGUCUAUUGAACUAUACUGAAGCAUUUCAACUUCUUCAAUAUAUGAAUAAAUUUUAUCAAGUACCGGAUUUUGAUCUAACUAUGCAACAUAAUGCUAUUUGGACUCAAUUAACACCUUACUUGGAUCCCAAUGGUUAUAUACCACAAGCGCAAUAUCUCAGUGCCUUGAAUGCUCAACCUCAAAUUCAACCACAUAUUUGGUGA